GUGCAAAGAUAAAACUCACGCUGUGUGUGAAUGGCAGUGGGGAAACGCUGCCUGUAUCUUAUCAGCCUGGGGGAGCUGGCACGGUCCAGAGGGCAAGCAGGCAGGGAGACCGAGCAGGGCUGGCAGGCGCUGAGCCCGGCCCAGGCAUUAGACACGGGGAGCUCCAGCAGGAUGGUGGAGGACGGCAGGACGGGGACCCCUGGGGCCACCCUGCCCAGGGAGGGGCAGCUCACACUCACCCUGGUGCUGGCAACGCUGAGCUCCUCCCUGGGCUCCGGCUUCCAGUACGGCUACAACAUCGCUGUGGUCAACACGCCGCACCAGGUCUUGAAGUCAUUUUAUAACCAAACCUACUUCGAGCGCUACGGAGUGCCCCUGGAUGGGAACACGCUGCUGCUGCUGUGGUCCUGCACGGUGUCCAUGUUCCCCCUGGGCGGCCUGCUGGGAUCCCUUGGGGUUGGCCUGCUGGUGGAUCGGUGUGGCAGAAAGGGAGCCCUGCUGAUCAACAGCAUCUUGGCCAUCAUCCCCGCCAUCCUGAUGGGUGUCAGCGGCGUGGCCCGGGCGUUCGAGCUGAUUAUCGUCUCACGGGUGCUGGUGGGAGUCUGCGCAGGCGUGGCCUUCAAUGCCCUCCCCAUGUACCUGGGAGAGCUGGCCCCCAAGGAGCUACGCGGCGCACUGGGUUCCAUGGUCGAGGUGUCUGUCAUCUUCGGAAUCUUCCUGGCACAGAUCCUCAGCCUCCGGGCCAUCCUGGGCAAUGCCACAGGCUGGCCCGUCCUCCUGGCUGUGACAGGGGUCCCUGCGAUCCUGGAGCUGCUGUCUCUGCCCUUCUUCCCCGAGAGCCCCCGAUACACCCUGAUCCAGAAAGGAGAUGAAGAGGCCACGAGGCGAGCUCUGCGCAGGCUGAGACGCGGCGACGUGGAGGCGGAGCUGCAGGAGAUGCACGCGGAGGAGCAGGCGGAGCGCGCCGUGGGCCCCGCGUCCCUGCGCCGCCUGGUGGCCCAGCGACCGCUGCGCUGGCAGCUUGUGUCGGUCGUCGUGCUCAUGGCCGGCCAGCAGCUGUCGGGGAUUAGCGCAAUCAAUUACUACGCAGACACCAUCUACAUAUCGGCCGGCGUGGACGCCACGCAGUCCCAAUAUGUGACUGUGGGCGCCGGUGUGGUCAACAUCGUGAUGACCGUCAUGUCGGCCUUCGCCGUGGAGCGGAUGGGGCGGCGUCUGCUGCUGCUCUCUGGCUAUGGCAUCUGCGGCUGCGCCUGCCUGGUGCUGACUCUGGUGCUGCUCUUCCAGAACACGGUCCCUGAGCUGUCCUACCUGGGCAUCGUCUGCGUCCUGGUGUACAUCGCGGGACACUCCCUGGGGCCCAGUCCCGUGCCCUCCGUGGUGAGGACGGAGCUCUUCCUGCAGUCCUGGCGGCCGGCCGCCUUCACAGUGGACGGGCUCGUGCACUGGCUGACCAACUUCAUCGUGGGCUUGGUGUUCCCGUCCAUCCAGAGACCAAGGGCAGGACCUUCCUGGAGAUCAACCGCAUCUUCGCCAAGAGGAACGGGGUGGUGAUCCCGGAGGAAGAGGAGGAGGAAGCUGGAGUGGGGCACCACCUGCCCGCCCUGCCCCCCAGCCAGACUGCACUGUAGGGGGGUGCAUCACCCAGGGCCCAGGUUCUAGGUGACCUUCCCUGAGGAAGGGUGAGAGCGGUGAGACCUUUGUACCCCAAGGAAUGCAGACUUGGGGGAAGGGGGUGGCAGGGUGGGGGCAGAUGCUUGUGUUGAUAAGACUUAACUCCUUUCCAGACUUGGUGGUACAAUCUGUAAUCCCAGCUACUUGGGAGGCUGAGGCAGGAGGAUCAGCAGUUUGAGGCCACCUGGCCAACUUAGAAAGACCCUGUCUUAGAGUAAAAUAAAAAAGGGUGGAGGGCUGCUCAGUGGCAUCAGCGCCUGCCUGGCAAGCUCAAGCUCCUGAGUUCAAUCCCUGGUACCAAAAACAAAAAUCUCUAUAAAAAGAGGUGGAGACCCGGGCAUGGUGGCUCACGCCUGCAAUCCCAGCACUAGGGGGCUGAGGUGCGAGGAUCCUUGCAAGUUCGAGACCAGCCUGGCUACGAAGUGAGCUCAAGCAUAGCGAGACCCCGUCUCAAAAACACACACACAAAAAAGAGGUGGAGAGGUAGCUCAGUGUGAAGACCCUGGGGGUAAUCCCCAGCAGAACAAGCAAAAGCAGAAAUACCUUGAUUUGUGCGCUGGGGAUUUAGCUCAAUGGCAUAAGCACCUGCCUGGCAAGUGCAAGGUCCUGAGUUUGAUCCCUGGUACCAAUAUAUAUAUAUAUACCUUUAUUCUACUUUGGUGCCAAAUUUAAAGAUGUACACAUACUUUUUCAAAGUAAAAUUUGUGAACUUCAGUGCACUGGUCAGCUUUAUGUUGCUGUAACAAAAUACCCAGGGGAUUCCCUUAGAAAGGAAAAGGUUUGUUUGGCUUCAUAGUCCUAGGGCCCGCCCCACCCCCAGAGUCAGGAGCAGAACCAGGCCUUGGACACCUGGGCCUUGGAGGUCAGAUCCCAGCGCAGCAAACGCAAAGUCCUGGCAUCCACAGCCUUCCCAGACGGGGAUCCUCCAGGACCUGGGCCCGCUCCGGGCCUGGCCACCAGCUGUGCCCGGGGUCCCUGCUGAAAGUGGCCUUGUUCUCCUGGACUCAGGAAACACUGUGGCGCUGCUCCGGGGCCCAGCACGGGGCAGGGCGUGGGAUCUCUCCAGGGGUCGCUGGGACGCUCGGGAAGCACCGGGGCCCCAUCCCCGGGAGGAGGGCAACCCUCAGUGUCCUGCACGAGUCCGAGACGGAAUUUCCAUUUACUGUCCGUUUUGUCCAGCUUCCUGGUACUGGGAUGGAUCCCAGGGGCACCUCUAGCCCUGAGCUGCAUCCCCAGCCAUGUCGGGUUUUAAUUCGGGCCAGGAUUGAACGAAGGUCCAUCUCCAGCCCCUUGUUAUUUCCAUUUUUAUUCUGAGACUCAGUCUCCAAGGGCUGGCGGUUGCACGAGACUCCAAGUUUGGUCUCCCACAGGAAAUAUAUAGAAAGGAAAAAAAGGAAGGAAGGAAGGAAAGAGGCCAAGACACAGUCUUGCUGAGCCACUUGCUGAGUCCCCCCGGCAGGGGUCACACCGCGUCCUCCUGCCUCAGCCUCUCGCUGUGCUGAGAUUACAGACAGGCACAGACCAGCACACCCCGCGGGAAUGCGCAUCAGCUUGACUGUGGCAGUGCCACAUGGGCACAUACGUAAGUCACACACCAACUACAUUUUAAAUAAGAGAAGCAGGCAAGCAUGCUGGCACACACCUCAAAUCCGACACGGAUCAUUGUGAGUUCAAGGCCAGCCCGAAGUACUGGUGAGCCCCUGUCUCAAAGGAACAUCAAAGGGAGAAGCAGCAGCCUAACCGCGCCUGCCUGCCUUCCCGUGAGCCCGCGGGUCCUGGCCUGGGACAGGAGGAGAGCGCCCGCCACCCCUCGGCCCUGUGAAGACGGGACUCCGAGGAGCUCAGGCUGAGAGGGCAGGACCUGGAGUAAAAAGUAGCAGCUCAGUGCUGUGGCGUCUGACUGACUUGGCAGGCCUAACGCUGGUGGGCUGAGCACCUACCUGGAGGAUCACAAGAUGCAUUAUAGCAACUGUGAGGGAUUUCCUUCUGUCUUGCUUUUGAAAGCCAAUGUUUUGUUCUGUUGCAUUGUUUUGUUUUAUUGUUGUAUCUGCAAGCCUGAGCAACUAUUGUGAAGAUAACAAUAUAUAAUAUAAUAGGGGCCAGAGAUGUAGCUCGGCGGCACAGCACCUGCCUGGUAAGCAUAAGGUGCUGAGUUCCAGCCCCAGGGACCAAAAAGAAAAACAUCUGAAAAAUAAAAAAUAAAAAUAAACAUUUAAAUUCUG